CCGACUCACUUCCGCAAAUAAGCGUCAGAGCAGCUGAGUGAGGCAGCAGCAGAAAGUGAAAACACACAGACGUCCCGCCACCGAGCGACCCGUGUGGCUCGGUGACGCAGUCAGCCAGAACCGUUAACGACACCAGAAACGGACCUAACUGACAGCGACGGCAGCACUGGCAACUUUGCCUAUCCACACCCUACCCCCGCCCGUCCCCUGCCCUGCCUUUGGAUUGAGGUUCAUCCCUCCAACGCGCCGCCCCCACCACAGACUCACAGCAAGUGCAUCAUGGUGGAUGUAACCAAAUGGCCCCUUUUCAGCCUGAUGGGGCCCCACGAGCUCUCCACGAUACGGAAAGCAUGUGUGUUUGGAGCAUCUGCUAAUGAGGCGAUCUACAUCAACAAUGAUGAUGAGGUGUAUGUAUUUGGGUUGAACUGCAGUAACUGCCUGGGAACAGGGGACAGCCAGAGCACUAUUGUACCCAAGAAGCUAGACUUCCUGAGUGGGAGGAAGGUGGUCAGCCUGAGCUACGGCAGCGGACCCCACAUCCUGCUGGCCACAGAGGAUGGAGAGCUAUUUGCCUGGGGCCAUAAUGGUUACAGCCAACUUGGAAAUGGGACAACCAACCAAGGAGUUGCUCCAGUGCUCAUGUCCGCCAACCUACUCAACAAGAAGGUCACAGAGGUGGCAUGUGGCUCUCACCACUCAAUGGCUCUGACUGACUCAGGAGAAGUGUAUGCGUGGGGCUACAACAACUGUGGUCAGGUGGGUUCAGGCUCCACAUCGAACCAGCCCACACCGCGCAGAGUGUCAAGCUGCCUGCAGAACAAAGUGGCUGUCAGUAUCGUCUGUGGUCAGACUUCGUCUCUGGCAGUAGUGGACAAUGGAGAGGUGUACAGCUGGGGCUACAAUGGGAAUGGACAACUGGGACUUGGAAAUAAUGGGAACCAGCUCACUCCUUGUCGCCUUGUAGCUCUGCAGGGUUUAUGUGUGCAACAGAUUGUCUCAGGCUAUGCCCACUCGCUGGCACUAACAGACGAGGGAUUGCUUUACGCUUGGGGUGCAAACACAUAUGGACAACUGGGCACCGGCAACAAGAGCAACCAGCUGAGCCCAGUUCAGAUCAUGACUGAGAAAGAGAGAAUUGUAGAGAUUGCUGCCUGUCACUCCACACAUACAUCAGCUGCUAAGACUCAGAGUGGUCAGGUGUACAUGUGGGGCCAGUGCAGGGGCCAGUCUAUAGUGUUGCCUCACCUCACGCACUUUACCUGCACCGAUGAUGUCUUUGCAUGCUUCGCCACCCCCUCAGUUAUGUGGAGGCUUCUUUCCAUGGAGCAUGAUGACUUCUUGACCGUGGCUCAGUCUCUGAAGAAAGAGUUUGACAACCCAGAGACAGCUGAUCUCAAGUUCUGCGUUGACGGCAAAUAUAUCUAUGUCCACAAAGCAGUUCUCAAAAUCAGGUGUGAGCAUUUCAGAUCCAUGUUCCAGUCCCACUGGAAUGAAGACAUGAAGGAGGUGAUUGAAAUAGACCAGUUCUCCUACCCAGUCUAUCGCUCCUUCCUGGAGUUCCUUUACACAGACAAUGUAGAGUUGUCACCUGAGGAUGCUAUUGGGCUACUGGACCUGGCCACGUCGUAUUGUGAGAACCGCCUGAAACGUCUGUGUCAACAUAUUAUAAAGAGGGGAAUCACUGUUGAAAACGCCUUCUCCCUGCUGUCUGCUGCUGUGCGCUAUGAUGCAGAGGACCUGGAAGAGUUCUGCUUUAAGUUCUGUGUGAAUCACCUGACCGAAGUGACCCAGACUGCUGCUUUCUGGCAGAUUGACGGCAACCUGCUCAAAGAUUUCAUAUGUCGAGCCAGCCGCUGUGGAGCCUUCAAAAACUGACCUCAAGAUGAUUAUAGACAGACACAGGAUGCUGUGCUACUCCAGGAGUGACUUCUCAAAGGACUUCAUCACUGCCGGUCACCUCUGCGUACCUUCACUGACCAGUGGUUACACAUUGGAAAUCUUAAGUUUAUCACAUCGCUGUCAAAUGGUCAUUCAUCUCUUUCCAGACUAGAACCAGUGUGUCCAUUACUUGAGCUGUACAUACUGAAAUUACGAGGCUGAGCUGACAGGCAGCAGUAUCAUUACACAGUCAACAGAGAGUAGUUUCGCCAUGGUGCUUCACUGCCUAUUCAUUUACACACACUGUGCUAUCGCUUAAGUUGUUUCUAUUGACCUGAAAGAUUCUUGCCUGUUAUUGCAUUACUUGUGACCAAGUUCCUCCUUUAGUGUUUGCACUUGUUUUAAACAUUUUUGAUUAUGAAUUUGUUCCUCCUAACUAGAAGACCACAUCACGUCUGGAUGUGUAAUUUGGAAUCAUGGUUUUCAGGUUGAAGUACAGGUUGCACUUGAAGAUGGCAGCAUAUAACAGGUAUUUAGUCUUAGUCUGUUUGGGUAAAACUCCUGUCAGCAAUUAUUAGUCCUAGUGCCUGCAACACCGAGUUCUUCUGUCUAGGUUGUGAGACGAAAGAAAGUAUUAUUUUGUGCAGCUACAUUUCCAUAACAUAAAAAAAGCUUCUUUAGUUUGUCUAUUUUGCGCACACUAAACAAUUCAGUCGGUGUUAACUGGCAGUUAAACUUGCCUGGUUACUAGCUGAAACAAAAGUAUGGAGCCAUUAAAAGUCUGUUUACAGUAAGGCAUGUGACCUUGCAGAAGCUUAAGUUGUGUGGGUCUGGAUUUUUAAGGACACCUUUUCACCCACAUGACAUAUAUCUACUGUAUUUUGGAAACAACAUGUAUAUUUUUAAGAUAAUUUUAUUGUAUAGUGACAGCUGCAGAGAGAGAGAGAGAGAGAGAGGAAGAAACACAAUAGGCAGGAGAGAGAGGGGUUGACAUGCAGCAAAGGGCCCCCGGGUGGACUCAAACCCCGGCUGCUGCAGUAAGGAACAGGUAAGCUACCGGGGCCCCCCGGAAAACAAUAUUUUACAGUAUUAACAUUUAAAAAGUUGUUUAGAGACAUCUGCACUACUGCUGUGAGUAUUCUGAAGAACAUGUUUGCUAAUUUCUAUGCAGGACAUUUCUACUAUUUCUAAUUAUGGCUAUUGAUUGAUACUGUGUAUUAUAAAGCCAGUCAGAUUUUGUGACUAUUGUAAGCAAAUGAAUAAAAUAAAAAGACCUGUGACUAUU